CCCCCCCCAACAACAAAAAACCUUUCCCUUAUAAAAGGUAACUAUGAAGCUCCUCACUUGGACAGAUAUCUGGCCUGUCAAGUCUCUUUGAAGCGCCUGCGCAAAAGGUACCCACAGACGGCCGCCAUUUUUCAGCCUCACUUCGGGGAUCAAAGUUCUCCCCCUCUGGACUUUUCGAGCUUUGAUUGGAUAGAGUCGAGUGCAUUGUGGGAAAUGUAGUUCAGGGCAAGAUCCGCGCAUUCGCAGUUCUUGAGGGGGCCCGGAGGAAAGAUCUGGCUUUUCAGUACUUUGCUCUUCCCCAAGAAAGGUGAAACAAGAAGGGGGGAAAUGACUUCUAUACUUGUACCAGCCAGGUUCCAGGGCUGAUCCCUGAGAGAAUGGGCAUCUUGUGUCCUAUUUCAGACACCCCUGACAUUCCAGGAUGUGGCUGUGGACUUCUCCUGGGAGGAAUGGGGGCUCUUGGAACCUUUUCAGAAGGACAUGUAUUGGGACGUGAUGCUGGAGAACUACGAGAAUUUUGUCUCUCUUGGAGGCCUUCCUAUUUCCAUACCAGAUGUGAUCUCCCAGUUGGAAAGAUUAGAAGCACCAUGGAUGGCAGAGAAAGGUGUCCUGAUUAGCACUUUUCUAGAUUCCCUUAGUCAGAAGACAAGGUGUGAAACCAAGGAGCCAACUCUAAAGCAGAAUAUAUUUAUGAAAGAACCAUUCCAAGAGAUAUGCACAAAGGAUGGCCCCUGGCAUUCUACUUUGGAAGAAACUUGGGCUUAUGAUGUUGAGUUAGAUAGGAAGAAGGAAAACCAAGAGACCCAGUCUAGGGAGGAAAAAAUUACUAAUGAAUCUUCUAAUGAAUAUAAUAUAUUUGGAAGAAAGCAUAUUUUGGGGUCAGUUGUCAUUCCUCAACAGAGAGUUCCUGUAGGAGAAAAUCUCUAUAAAUGUGAUACACUUGGAAAGAACUUAGAAUACGUUUUAGGUCCAUUUAAACACAGGAGAAUCUCCAUUGGGAAGAAACUUCAUAAAGACAUUAAGUGCAAAAAGCCCUUCAAUUACCAGUCAAAUGUUAUUCAUUACCAUAGAAAACAUGCUCAAGUGAAACUCCAUAAGUGUAAUGAAUGUAACAUAAACUUCAGCAGUAUUUCAUGCCUUGCUCUUCAUCAAAGAACUCACAGUGGGGUGAAACCCUAUAAAUGUGAUGAUUGUGGGAAAGCCUUCAGCAAGAAAGGAAUCCUUAAUAAACAUAAGAUAAUUCAUACUAAAGAAAGACAAUUGAAAUGUAUUACAUGUGGGAGAAUUUUCAGAUACUACUCAUGCCUUAUGCGACAUCAGAGAAUGCAUGCUAAUGAAAAACCCUAUAAAUGUAAUGAAUGUGGGAAAUGCUUUAGGCAGAGGGGAAUCCUUAAAACACAUCAAAUAAGUCAUACUAGAGAAAACCAUUUGGAAUGCAAUCUAUGUGGGAAAGGCUUCAGAUACCGUGCAUCCCUUAGGGUACACAAGAAACUUCAUAGUGGAGAAAAACCUUAUAUAUGUAAUGAAUGCGGGAAAGCCUUUAGCCUCAAGGGAAACCUUAAAAGUCAUGAGAGAAUCCAUACAGGUGAGAUGUCUUUUGAAUGUAAUGAAUGUGGGAGGGCAUUUAUCCUGAGGCGAGCUCUCAAUAGACAUAAGAGAGUUCACAGUGCAGAGAAACCAUAUAUAUGUAAUGAAUGUGGGAAAGCCUUCAGGUGGUGUACAAACCUUAAAACACAUAAGAGGACUCAUACUGGAGAGAAACCCUAUAAAUGUGAUGAAUGUGGGAAAGCAUACACUGAUCAUCAAAGUUUAAUUCGUCACCAACUAUUUCAUGCUGGAGAUAAAACCUUCCAAUGCGAUGAAUGUGGGAAAGUCUUCACCCACAAGGCAAACCUUAAACGACAUAAGAGAUCUCAUACUGGAGAAAAACCCUACAUAUGUAAUCAGUGUGGGAAAGCUUUUAUUGCAAUGGAAAACUUGAAAAGGCACAUGAGAAUUCAUACUGGAGAGAAACCCUAUAAAUGUAGUGAAUGUGGGAAAGCUUUCACCAGCCAUCAAAGCCUAAAUAAUCAUCAAGUAUUUCAUACUGGAAAAAAGACAUUUCAGUGCAACGAAUGUGAUAAAGCCUUCACCACAAGAGCAAACCUUAUUAUACAUAAGAGAGUUCAUACUGGAGAGAAACCUUAUGUUUGUAAUGAAUGUGGAAAAUCUUUCAGUGUGAAGAGAUCUCUAACUCUGCAUAAAAUCACUCAUACUGGAGAGAAACCUUUUGAAUGUAAUGAAUGUGGGAAAGCCUUCCGUCAGAAGGGAAGCCUUAAAAGACAUAAAAGAAUUCACACUGGAGAGAAACCUUAUAAAUGUAACGAUUGUGGGAAAGCCUUCACCAAUCAGGAAAGCCUAACUUAUCAUCAUAAUCGGGAAAGACCCUUUCAGUGUAGUAAAUGUGGGAAAGCCUUUAUCCGGAAGGGCAAGCUUAACAAAGACAUGAUAACAGAUACAGAAAUGAAACUCAAUAUCUGUUAUAAAUGUGAAAGAGUCUUUAACCAAAAGGGAAGCCUUAAUACACAUAAAAUCACUAUAGAGGAACACUGAAUAUAAUUAACAUUUUGGUGGAUCUUAGGAGGAAGAUGAGCCUUGAAAACCCAUCCUACCACAUAAGUCCUUUUAGAGCUUGUAUGCCAUUAUGAUUAAGGACAGGCUAAUGGUCAGGGUUAUAAUGGGAGUUAUAAGGAAUUUUCUAACUUUAAAUCAGAUAGUUAACUACAACCAUGUACUUAAAUCAGCAUCAGACUUCAGGAUUGAAAAGAAAAGACAUGUUUGGGGGAAUUCAGCUGCCAUUUGUUAGUUCACCAGAUGGUUGUGAUAUGUUGCAGUUCCAAACUAUACUCCUAAGAACCUCAACCUGCCCUUUACAGAAAAGACAUCUGAACUCUGUACUCCAGGAGAUGGGAACAGAAUAGUGGGUAGCUCUUAGUGGUUGAAAUUCAAUGUGCACCUCAGUGUAUAAGAUGUCAGAGACAACAUAGUCCAGGAUGGGGAUAUGAUACCCAGUGGAGAGAUGUAGUCAUUGGUGGAGAUUAGACUUCACCCAGCAGAGAGCAGUUUGUACAAAAUUACCAGAGGGUGUCAGCUAUCCUAUAAUGCUGGAGAUGUGAGUUUCCCCAGCCUAAUACAUUCCAUGACUAUAUUUUUUCUUUAUGUAUUCUCAAGCCAAAUAUUGACUACAUGCAUCUUUCCCCCCCUGGUGUUUCCUGGUUAUAUAUGUGGAUAGAACAGUGGACUUAUAUUCAGGAAGAUCUGAGUUCAAAUCUGACAUCAGACAGUUAAUAGUGAUGUGACCCUGGUCAUCACUUAACCUCUGUUUGCCUCAGUUUUCUCAUUUGUAAAAUGGAGAUAAUAAUUGCAACUACCUCCCAGGGUUGUGAGGAUCAAAUUAGAUACUAAUUGUAAAGUAUUUAGCAUGGUGUCUGGCACAUAGUAAGCACUAUAUAAAUAUUGGUUAUUGCUAUUGCCAUUAUUAGCAUUAUAUAUUCUCUGCUUGUGUGCUCACCCUAAUUGCUACCAUUGUAACUUGUGGGGAAAUGUAUCCUAUGUGUGCAUAGGAGUAUCUUAUUGCAUUAUUUACCAUGCUAAUUGAUUAAAUAUCUUUUUUCUUUGUCUUCCAACUUAGUAGUUGGAAAACAUAGUUUUUGGGGAUAUGAGCUAUAUUUUUGAGUGACUUGAUCCAGAGAGUCCUUCAAACUUAGGAUAAAAUUUUGGAGGGUCUAUAUUGGAGCAGGUAGGUAAUAUAAAGGAAAAUCAUCCUGACAAUAGAAUUGUUCAAGAGUGGAUUAGAUUGCCCCGGGAAUCUGGUGGGUUCCUCAACACUGAUAGUUUUAGGUGGUAGUUGGGCAGUUAUCUGUCAAAUGUUACAGAGGAUAUUCUUAUUCAAGUAUGAGUUGGAUCUUGAAGCACUUCCUAACUUGUAUCAAAUGAAAUACUUGGAUGUUGAAAUAUUUGUAACUUAGAUUAAGUGUGAUGAUAUUUGUAUAAAAAACACAUAGCACAAUGCCUGGCAUAAAAUUGGUUCUGACUUG